AUGGACGAAAUGUGCCCUAUUUGUUUGAAGCAGACCCUGACCGUUUCCCCAGCGAUUCGCCUUUCUUGCGGUCACGUCGUUCAUUACAAGUGCUGCACGAGUUCGCUGGAACAGCGAUGGCGUGGUCCGAGGAUAUCAUUUGGUUUUAUUUUUUGUCCCAUUUGUCAUGCAGCUUUCGAUCAUCCGUUGCUGAAGAACUUGCUGAAACCUCUGCUGAGGCUUAAAGACGAUCUUGAAGAAAGGGCAUUAAAACAGCUCGAAUACGACGACUCGAUCGACCGCUCAGAAAUCACUACACCCGGUGGCAAAUAUUACAACAGACCUGCCAACUUUGCCGUCGACAAAUAUGUGUAUUUCCAGUGUCAUAAUUGCUUUAAGCCGUAUUUCGUCGGUGACGCAGUUUGCCAGCUCCUGGAAUCUCUGAAUUCCAUGCAUGAUUUCGACCCCGAGGAGUGCCUCUGCGGCGGCUGUUCCAAUGUCAUCGGAGCAAGCCGAUGCAUUCAACAUGGCACCGAUUGUUUGCAGUAUAAAUGUCGGUUCUGUUGCUCGAUGGCGGCUUACUUCUUUGACGGCUCGAUCCACUGCUGCAUUUCCUGCCGUGAAAUCGUUUAUGCUUUAGUUAAGCUUAAGCCAGGAGAUUUAAGACAGUGUCCUACCGAUUCCAGAAACCGAAUCAUUCCUUUCUGCCCACUUCAGAUUCCCCAUUCACCUAGCGGCGUCGAGUUUUGUUUCCGUUGUUCUGACUGUAAUUAUUGUUUGUGA